AUGCUCUAUCUAUUUCAUUUUCCUCCAAGAAUUUUUUCUGCAAAUUUACAUUGGUUAAUUUUAUUUGUUGCAUCUCUGAUAUUUAUUUUUUUUGUUUUUUUCUUUCCUAAUUUUCUUCAUGUUCUUCCUUUCAACUGUCACUUUCUUUUUCUUUUCAUCUUUUUGUGUCCUGAUUUCUUCAUAACCUUUUUUCUUCACCUCACUUUUUUAUCAUUAUCUUAUUUAUCUUCUUCUUCUCUAUAUUCUUCUUCAUUACUUUUUAUUUUUUUCCUUUUUUCUUUUCAUCCUUUUUGCCUUUUCUUUUAUCAGAUUUUCUUCUUUCUAUCUUCAUCCUCUUUAUCUUCUUCCCUUUCUUCUUCUUUGUUUUCUUUCCUUUUCUUCUUCUCAUCCUUUUUGCCCUCUCCUUUAUCAGAUUUUGCUCUUUCUAUCUACAUCAUCCUCUUUAUCGUCUCCAUUUUUUCUUCAUUAUUUUCUUUCCUUUUCUUCUUUUCAUCAUUCCUGCCCUCUCUUUUAUUAGAUUUUUUACUUUUCUAUCUUCAUCCUCUUUAUCACUUUCCUUUUCUUCUUCUUUGUUUUCUUUCCUUUUCUUCUUUUCGUCCAUUUUUGCCUUCUGCUUUAUCAGAUUUUGCUGUUUCUAUCUACAUAAUCCUUUAUCUUCUUCCUUUUGUUAUUCUUUGUUUUUUUUUUGCCUUUUCUUCUUUUCAGUUUUUGCCUUCUCCUUUAUCAGAUUUUGCUCUUUCUACCUUUAUUAUUUUUCCUAUCUUCUCUUUCUCCUUUUUUUCCUUUUCUUUUUCUCCCAUAUUUUCAUCUUUACUUGAAGAAUUCGGUACAGUAUAUUUGUGA